GGCAGGCGGCGCGGGCCAUGGCGCUGGCGGAGCUGGCCGCGCGGCUGAACUGCGCCGAGUACAAGAACUGGGUGAAGGCCGGGCACUGCCUGGUGCUGCUGCGGGACGCGCUGCAGCGCUUCGCCGGGGAGCAGCUCCGCGCCUUCCACCGCCAGCUGCUCGCCCGCAGCCCCGCCCGCCUGGCGCCCCCGGGCCGCCUCUGCCGCGGCCGCUGCCUUCCCCGGGGCAGGCAGUUUCAGUCCAGCUGUUCACUGUGCACAGAGUGGAAAAAGGAGAUUUUGAAUCAUCACACCAACAGGAAUGGAGAAGUUCACUGGGGAAACUGCAAACCUUGGCUUUGGCCUUCUAACUCAUGGGAACUUGCAAAGGCUUAUAUGCCUCGUGGGCAGAUGGAUAUUUCUGGACCAGACAAGUGUGAUGCAGCUGCUCUUCUAAACCUUUUCAACUUUUGUGAUCACUUCAGUGGUAUUGACCAGAAGAAAGUCAGAGAGGUGAUUAAGUGCCGCAAUGAAUUAAUGCAUUCUUCAGAAAUGAAAGUUUCUUCUUUAUGGUUGGAAGAGUUUGAAAAGAAGAUUCAGAAUUUAUUAAAGGAACUCCAGAAUGUUCCAGAAGUUAUGACUGCUAGUACAAGGAUAGAAAAGCUUCUGUCAUCGGAUUGGGCUGUUUAUAUACCAGGGGAAGAAGAUCAGCCAGAUGGAUUGGAAGGAGAAACAGAAGUUUGCAUGAGUGGGAGCCAAAUAAGUGAAAUAGAGAUGGAAUUAAUAAAGGAAAGACUUAAAGAGAUCUAUCUUCUGGUAGAAGAGCAGGAGAUGCUGUCUGAAGAGAACUUAACUAGGAUACAGAUGACAAAGAACUUCUUAAAGGACAGCGGUGAUCUCCAAAUAAGUCUUCAGGCAGAUAUGCAGAGGCUAGAAGGCCUUGAAAAAGAGCGGUACAACCAAAGAAGAUCUAUGAAAGAGACCACGAAAGAAUAUCCCAAUCAGGAGGAUGAUGAAGGUUGUUCGUUAAAGAAAAUGAAGUGUAGUCCCAAAGAACAACUUUUGUGAAAGUGCCAGUGACUGUAUUUUGAAGAGAAGUUCCUGUAAGUGAUUGACUUGUCAACACGUAGUCUGUCCUUCACUGAGUGAGGGUAUGCCCAGCCUCUUUAGUGGCUUGGAAAACAAACUUAAAGGGUGAAUUGUCAUGAGAUGCCUUUCUAAAAUUUCAAAACUUCCUGUUGCGGUUUGAUGAUUUUGUUUCUUGGAAGAAUGUCAUGUACUCCUCCCUCCCCUCCAACCCCCGCCUCCUUUUCAAUUUCAAGAAUGUGGAGAAACCUAGCUAGAGACAGGAAAUAAACUGUAGGCUUGAAGGAAUUGAUCUUGCAAGGGUAUGGAAGGCUGAGAGAAGGCAGUACUGAGCCACUGGGGCUUUGUUGUUGUUGAUCCAUUAAGGCAGUUAAGCUGAACAGAAUGGAUGUUGGGCGGCAAAAAUACAGUCCCUAGCAUAUGCCAUGAGGCCUUGAGCAGCUGGCUGUGAGAGAGAGAGAGUUUCAUUUGUUUCUGUGUCUGGGCCUCAUAACACCCUCUGUUCUCAGUUUAACAUUGGCUCCUCAGUCACUUUGGUGUAAAGCAGCAAUACUUAAGGGUGGCAGCAAAACCGUCUUAAAAUAAUUAAAAUGACCACUGUACAACGCCGUUCCCUGACCAUGUCCUGUCUUUACUGAUGGCAUGGUCGUUUUUCCCAUUCAUGAGCGCUCAUUGCAGUCUGGGCAUAGAGGUUUGCUUACAUGAUUCAAAACUGCAUUCAUUUCUCCGUACCACGUGCAGACCACUGCACAGUUCUCGAAAGUGCUCAUCACCAAUGCUUUAACUAUCCGUGUUUCUUUCAAUGGUGCUUUGCAUGGUCAAGUCCUAUGUAGUUGCUUAACCCUGAAAACAGUGGAUUCAGGAUUUCUGCUAAAUUUGCAGCUGUCAGAAUCCUGUAGUACCAAUUUUAAUGGAGCAAAGUCCUGGCUUUUUGUGCUUUUUUUUUUUUUAAUAUUUGUAAAGAAUUUUUUGCAAGCACAAUAAAACAUAACUAAUUUUUUUUUUAAUGUCAACAGAUGAUGCAUUUAGUACUGGCAGAGCAUAAUUUUGUUAGAUUAUUUGAGAUCAUUAAUUAAUAAUUUGAGAUUAUUAAUCCCAGUUUUUCCCACGAAGAGCAAAAAUAUUGCAAGUGAGGGACACUGUCAACUAAAAUAAUCAUACAUUUAUAAUAAAACAUUUAAAAUCAAUGACCUUCCAGAAUACUGAAACUAAUGUAAUUUAAAAAAAAAAAAGGGGCACUUAAACCUUUUAUGUUUUUGCUUUUUUCAAUUUUAUUUCUUUUCUCUUUAACAUAAUGGAGAUCAGCAAGGUCAGUUUGAAUUUUGUGCAGUCCAUAUUACAAUAUUUCAGUUUUAGUGCUACGUUGUUGUUGUUUUCAGACACUAUUUUUACUUAAAUGUUCCCUGCAACUAUUUUCAUUAGAUUUUAUUUUUUAAUGGAAACAUUUCUAUUAGCCUUAAGUUUUAUAAAACCUCAUUUUUACAAAA